CUGGGUACUGAGUACUGGGUUCUGGGUACUGGGACACUCUGCUCUGGCACACUGAGCAUCGAGCUGUCAGUUGGGUGGAAAUCAGAGUACAAACCAGCCGAGCAGCGCGACCGAGAUGACCCACUUUUCGGUUUUCGCACUGAGACCCAACUGCUACCCACAGAAAGUGGACAACUAGGCGGAGUUUUUUCUAUAUAGCAGUAGCAUAUAUAGCCAACCGAUCGCGUUUUUCCGAUAUUAUGUACAGCCUACGUAGCCUAGUGUAAACUCUAUGCAUUUAUGUGAAUUUCCCAGCGCAAACGUGGAAGAGGAAAACCUGAGGCGACCUGAAAAAGCAGCAGCAGUAGCAGCAGCAGCGAGCAAGAAGCAGAAACAGCAAAAAAGUCGUCCGAGGGGCAGCCACAGCAUGCCGUACGAGUCGAUGCACCACCAUCAGUCGGCGGCCGCUGCCGUGGCCGCUGGCACCGCCCCCAACGGAAUGCUGGACGCCCUCAGCCUGCAGCUGCGCGAUGCGGAGAUGCGGCGCACGGAGAUCGAGCGAGCGCAUCAGGAAACCCUGGCACAAAUACGCAAUCUAAGCGGAAGCGCUCGCCCUGAUGCCGAGGCGGUGGAGAAUUUGCAGUCGAGAGCCCGGGAACUGGAAAAGAAGGUUGCGCUGGAAAAUGUGCGCUGCGAGGAGCUGCAAAUCGAACUGACCUCGGCCCUGAAGGCCAAACAGGCAUCCCGCUCGGCCUGCUCCGGAAUGGGCAGUAUGUCGUCCGGGGCCGGAGCAACCAUUCCUACAUCGGCCAGCAGCUCCACCGUCACUUGGGCACCGACAAUCAGUCACCAGGACCAAGGCUCCGAGAUUGAUAUCAUAAUGGCGAAGAUUGAGCAGGAUAAUCGCGUGCUGGCCGAGCUGGAACAGCCUCGUACGUCAGCCAGCGCCAGCAUGUCAGUUCCGCCCAGUUCCAUGUUGAGCACGGUAAAUAGCGAAUUUAGAACCAUAUCAAAGAGUGAACUCGAAGAAGAACUGAACCGUUACAAAAGGGCCGUUCUAGGCGGUGGCGGUGGCGGGGGCGGAAGCGGGGGCGGGGGCGGCAUUUCGGCCCUAUCCUCCGGCUACUCGAGCCUGCCGCACUCGCUGGCCUCCACGCUGCCCAACGGAGGGGCCAGCACCAGCCUGAGCGGCACCAGCCUCGGCUCGCACAGCGUGGCCGCCGCUGCUGCCGCCGCCGGUUCGGGCGGCAUGGCCGGAGGCGGGGGCGGCGGAGGCGGAGUGGGCGGACUGUCAUCCAUAUCGGCCCUGGUACCCAACUCAAUCAGCGGCAUAUCCUCGAGCCUGAGCAGCCAUGCCAUUCAGGCGAUGCAGUACGGAACCGGACAGACGUCCGUGGAGAAGCUGCUGAGCGGAACUAGUGGAAUCACUGGCAUUCCACCCUUGCCGAGCACAACCAUGCCCCUCCUGUCACUCAACUCGCAUAACCUGCCGCCCGCCGGCUCGACCAGCUACUCGGCCUUGGGCGCCGGCGGCGGCUCCUCGCUGACGCACCCCACCAUGGCCAACCUGGGCCUGCUGGACACCGGCGCCCUGCUGGGAGCCGCCGGUCUGAGCGGCCUGGGCGUGGGGCCCGGCGUGGGCGGCAUCACCGGAGCCACCUCGCUGUACGGAUUGAGCGGCGGCGGCGGGACGGCCGGCGCACUGGGCAGCUCCUAUGGCCCGCCCUUCCUGGACGUCGCUUCGAGCGCUUCGUAUCCGUUCACGGCCGCCGCCCUGCGACAGGCCUAAAUGAAGAUGCUGGACGAGAUCGACAUACCGCUGACGCGGUACAACCGCAGCUCGCCCUGCUCACCCAUACCGCCCAGCAACUGGGGACUGGACGAGUUCACCGACGGCCUCAGCGUCUCCAUGAUGCACAACCGCGGCGGCCUGGCACUGGGCGCCCUUGAUUUGGACACACGCAAUCAUGGCUUGAAUGGCGCCAGCGAACCGCAGGUAGAUAUGCUGGAUAUUCCUGGAAAAGGCCGCUGCUGCGUGUUCAUAGCCCGCUUUCCCUACGAUCCUCCAGAGGAGGCUGAGGGCGAGCUCUCCCUGUGCGCCGGCGACUAUCUGCUGGUGUGGACCAGCGGGGAGCCCCAAGGUGGCUACCUGGAUGCGGAGCUGCUAGACGGACGACGCGGCCUGGUGCCGGCGUCCUUUGUGCAGCGCUUAGUAGGCGACGACCUCCUGGAGUUCCACCAGGCGGUGCUGUCGACGCUGCGCGAUGCCGAGGACGGAUCCGGGUCGCUGCAGUGCGACACCACAUCGCUGCCCUCCUUGCCGCCGCACAACCCAUUGCUCACACACACCCACGAGGACCUGGCUCGUUUGAGUGAGACGCACACCGAUCUGGAGCACGACCAGGACGACAUCAGCGACAAUGUUCCAGCACCCAAGCACUUGACGCUGGAACGGCAGCUGAACAAGAGCGUGCUCAUUGGCUGGUCGCCGCCGGAGCCAGUGGGCUACAACCUCAUCGACAGCUACCACGUCUACGUGGACGGCGUGCUCAAGGUCACCGUGAAGGCCAACGAACGCACACGCGCGCUAAUCGAGGGCGUGGACUCCACGCGGCCGCAUCGCAUCAGCGUGCGGAGCGUGACCCAGAACCGGCAGACCUCGAGGGACGCCGCCUGCACGAUGAUCAUCGGGCGGGACACCGCCCACCUGGGCCCCUCGGCGGUGCGCGCCUCGCACAUAACGUGUUCCUCGGCGGUCAUCUCGUGGCUGCCGGCCAACUCGAACCACCAGCACGUGGUGUGUGUGAACAAUGUGGAGGUGCGCACCGUCAAGCCGGGCAUGUACAGGCACACGAUCACCGGCCUGGCGCCGAGCACCCAGUACCGGGUGACGGUGCGGGCCAAGCACCUGCGGGCCGUGGGCCAGCACGCAGCCAACGUGGGCCAGCCGGGCAUAGCCGGCAGGCCGGGCCAGGAGGAGGCGCCCGGGGCAUACGCCGACUUCCGUACCCUCACCAAGGGACUGCCCGAUCCGCCGCAGGAGAUCCAGCUCGAGGCCGGCCCGCAGGACGGUACCAUUCUGGUGACAUGGCAGCCGGUUAACAGGCCCACCUCGACGGGGCCUGUAACCGGCUACGCUGUGUACGCCGAUGGUAAGAAGGUCACCGACAUCAACUCGCCCACCGGCGACCACGCCCUCAUCGACAUCGGCAAGCUGGGCGUCUUCAAUCCGCGCGCCGUCACCAUCCGCACCAAGUCACGCGACUCCCAGUCGGCGGAUAGCGCGCCCAUCUUGAUACCCAAUACUGUGCGCAAUGCCGUUGCCCGAAGGGUGCCCAACCAGAUGGGCAUGGGCAUGGGUCCGCAGCUGCCCCAGGGACCGCACGGGAUGCAGCAGCAGAUGGGCGGGAUGCCCGGCCAGCCGGGUCAGCAAGGUCAGCCGGGGCAGCACAUGAUGGGGCAGCAGGAUCACGGCCAGUACGAUCCCAACCAGAUGCAGCAGCAGGGCAUGCAGCCGCAGCCGGGUCAGCCGGGCCACCAGCCCGACGGAGGCUCCGGCUUGUUAGGUGGCCUGCUCGGUGGCCUCUUCUCGAAACCCACACAGACUCAAGUGAACCAGAAUGGCUACCAGCCAGGGGCACCAGGAGCGCAGCGGGGCAUGGUUCCGAUUCCGGGAAGGGCGCAGGGACCACAGCAGCAACAGCAGCAGCAACAGCAGCAACAGCAGCAGCAACAGCCCUACGGACAACAGGGUCCCAUGGGCGGGCCACGCUUUCGAGGACCAGUUCCGGGCCAGCUGAAUAUGCAGGGUCAAAUGGCUGGGCAAAUGCCGGGUCAAAUGGCUGGCCAAAUGCCGGGUCAAAUGCCGGGUCAAAUGCCGGGUCAAAUGCCUGGUCAAAUGCCAGGACAAAUGCCUGGUCAAAUGCCAGGACAGAUGCCCGGUCAAAUGCCUGGCCAGAUGAUGGGACCACGAGGAGCGCUUAACCAGCAGCAGCAGCAGCAGCAGCAUCAGCAGAUGCAACAGGGCCAGAUGAUGCCGGGCCAGCAGACAGGACAACAGCAGACACAACCCGGACAGCCGGGACAAGCUGGCCAGAUGCCCGGGGCCCAGAAGAAACCACGCUACUUCGUGGCCAUGUUCGACUACGACCCAUCCACGAUGAGUCCCAAUCCCGAUGGCUGCGAUGAAGAGUUGCCCUUCCAGGAGGGCGACACGAUCAAGGUAUUUGGUGAUAAGGACGCGGAUGGCUUCUACUGGGGCGAGCUGCGUGGUCGCAGGGGCUAUGUGCCGCACAACAUGGUCUCUGAGGUGGAGGACACGACCGCCUCCAUGACGGCCGGUGGCCAGAUGGCUGGCCAAAUGGGCCAGGGUCAAGGUCAAGGUCAGGGAGUAGGCGCGGGCGUGGGCGUGGGUGGUACCGCCCAGGUGAUGCCCGGCCAGGGUGUUCCGCAGCAGAGCAUGCGCAACGUGAGCCGCGACCGCUGGGGCGAUAUAUAUGCCAAUAUGCCUGUGAAGCGGAUGAUCGCGCUCUACGACUACGAUCCCCAGGAGUUGAGUCCCAAUGUGGAUGCCGAGCAGGUGGAAUUGUGUUUCAAGACGGGCGAAAUCAUACUCGUUUACGGUGAUAUGGAUGAAGACGGUUUCUACAUGGGCGAGCUGGACGGCGUGCGCGGCCUGGUGCCGUCGAACUUUUUGGCGGACGCGCCCGACCAGUACAACAACCAGAUGGGUCCGGGCGGAGUGGCCGGCCGCGGCGGGCUGAGCCAGAGGGGCAGGGGUCAGGGGCCAGGAGCGAGGGGUCCGCCGCCCCCGCCACGCGACAACAUGAUGCCCGGAAUGGGCGGGCGCGGCCAGCCGGGCAAAAAUGCUCGCCCUGCUUCCCCUACACUGUUAGACAACACGGGCCAUCCUGCCCCCGAUCACCAAACGCAGGGGAUGAUCGGUCGCGUUGGUAAUGUCGGCCUGCAGCAGCAACAGCAGCAGCAGCAGCAACUUCAACAGCAGCAGCAGCAGCAACAGUACGGUCAGCAACAGACGCAGAUGGGACAGCAGCAGCAGCAACAACAGCAAAUGGGACAACCUGGAAUGAUGGGUCAGCAGAUGGGACAGAUGGGCCAGAUGGGACAGAUGGGGCAGAUGGGCCAAAUGGGUCAGAUGGGCCAGAUGGGUCAGAUGGGCCAGCAGCAGCAACAGCAGCCGCCGGUGACGACACAGGCGCCGACGGGCGGCCUCUUUUCCGGCGCGACUAGCCUGCUCUCUGGUGCUACCUCGGCUGCCACCGGUGGUCUAUUUGGGUCGAAGCAACCGCCCAAGACGGAUCCAAUGCAACCACCCGGCGGUGUGCAGCCAGCGCAGCAACAAGCAAACGCCUUCGGUGCCCAGCAGCCCGGAAUGGGCAUGCAGCAGGGGAUGCAGCAGGGCAUGCAGCCCGGCAUGCAACCCGGAAUGCAGCCCGGAAUGCAGCCCGGCAUGCAACCCGGAAUGCAACCCGGCAUGCAGAAUGCAACCCGCAUGCAGCAGCAGCAGCAGCAGCCACAACAAGUGCCACCGCAAGCCCAGGCUCCGCCUCAAGGACCGGGCGCCGGAUUGCUGGGCGGGCUCAAGGGCAUCGCGGCAGCGGCGCCCGGCGGCGACGUCCUAUCGAAAGGCAAAGAUCUCUUCGGAAAAUUCGGGUUCGGCUUUGGCAAAUAACCCCGGUCAUUCUAUAGGGUCCUGUUAUAUUAUUCGUAGAUUAGACUUAUUAUUACUAUUAUGAUUAUGAUUAUUGCUAUUGAUUACGAUUACUAAGCUAAUAUAUAUGAAGAAAAUGAAAAUGAAAGAAACACUGACGAGGAGUAGGCAGACAGACAAACCAAUGCUAAAGUUAAAACCCAUACCCGGUUCGCUGUGGGCCAAUGCAUAUGUUGUUGUUGAUAUGAUAUGAUAUGACUAAUAGUACUAAUGGUAAUAUUUUUUAUUAAUUAAAUUGAUAGAAAUAUUAUGAGUGACCGACAGACAACAGCAGCAUCGGCCGCACAGUCGGGACAGAAACAAAGCCACAAGCCCAAAUAAAUUGUUGUAAAAUUAUUUAACAAAUUGCCUGCCGGUUUAGGUGACUGCAACUCGAUAAAGAUUCCACUUACCCACUAAAGGAAAAAUUCUAUAAUACAAGGCCAGGUGGAUUCUCCACCUGCAGCCACACCUACAUCCAUACACACAGAUGCUAUACACACUCACAUAGAUACUGAACACACACAUAUAUUAUACAGAUACAAAUUCAAAAAUACAAAUACAAAUACAAGUAAAGGAGGAGAAAUAUAUUA